AUGACAACAGCACAUAGACCUACAUGGUAUAAUGCCAUUGGUGGGGAAAAUCAAGGUGGUAAUAGGAAAGUUGGGCAAACUGCAAAAGUUUGCAGCAGGGACUUGCCUGGACAUACAAAAAUGAAAAUGAGAGAUUUGAGUGACUAUACAGAAGACAAAGAAAUAAUCAAAAAUAAUUUAAUUGAAUUAGAAAAUAAAUAUAGUGGACGAGAAGGAAAUAAUAAUAAUGAUGCGAAUAAACUACUAGCCAUUGAAAAUAUUAAAAAAUUAACAAAUUGUGAUUAUACUAAUCCCUUUCCAGAGGAUGAAGAUGAUGAAAUUCAAGAUGAUUGGAAAGGGCACAAAAUGAAGAAAAAAAAAAAAGGAAAAAAUAAUAAUUAUCAUGAACAAAGUGAUAAUAUAUCUGACGAUAAUAGUAGCAUGGAAGAUAGUGAUACAAACAGUGAUGACGAUGAUGAAAGUGAUGAAAUGGAUGAUGAGUCUGAUGAAGAAGAAAAGGAACUAAUGAGAGAGCUUGAAAAUUUAAAAAGGGAAAAAUUAGAAAAAUUGAAAAGAGAAAAAGAAGAAGAAGAACUUAUGAAAAAUAAAAAAAAUAAUGUUCUUACAAAUAAUCCUCUUAUAAAUUUAGAAGAUAGUGAUAAUGAAGAAUUUGAAAAACAACAAAAAAAAAGAAAAUGGACUGAUGAAGCUAUAUUUAGAAAUACUUGCGAAAAAAAAACUAAAACAAAUACAUUUAUAAAUGAUACAGUGCGCACAGAAUUUCAUAAAAAAUUCUUAUUUAAAUAUAUUCACUAG